UUCAUUCAUAUUCUCGGAUUAGCCUCAAAUUGAUCAAAGUUAUUAUCAAAUCAUCAGAGAAAGAAAAAAUCAAGAUGACGAUUAUUGAGAUGAGAGUGCAUAUGGACUGUGCCGGAUGCGAGAGCAGGGUUAGACAUGCCCUUAAGAAACUCCGAGGUGUAGACGAUGUGGAGAUAGACAUGAUGCAGCAGAAAGUGACGGUGACGGGGUACGCCGAUCAGAAGAAGGUUCUAAAGACGGUCCGGAAAACGGGAAGAAGGGCGGAGCUGUGGCAGCUUCCGUACAACCCCGACCACAACUCCUUGGCCGGCGGCUACUACUACGACCCUCACGGCUGCAACGGCCCUGUUAACCACAUCGCACCGGUCCCGACAUCAUCGUACAACUAUCACAAGCACGGUUACGACAGCAGCGAUCACGCCUAUUAUCGCCACCCUGUCCACGCCUCCAUCUUCAGCCACCAAACCGGUUCUAAGUUUAGUGAUGAAAACCCUCAUGCUUGUGCUAUCAUGUGAUCGAAUUAUCGUUUCCUUUUUUUUUUUUUACUGCUAUGCGCUAAUGUUUUACGAUGCUUUCGUUUCUAUAUAUAGUAAAUGAGUUAAUGGGUAUAAAUUGUAUUAUAUAUAUAUAUAUUUAAUUAAUAAUGUUUUUGUAUA